UCAGAUGUCUCUGCUCAAUGGAGAUUGGACACAAAUUAAUCGCUCAGCCAAUCACAUGAGACUGAAGACCGAGCCAUUUCACCAAUGGAGCGUUCCAUUGCUUCCAGACCUGGAUGACCCUUACGAUUCCGGGUGUCCCGUAGGCCCAGAGAGGACGUUUAAGUUAAACUGCCAUUUGUCCGCACUCCCUCCCAGCCCGAUCCUCCCCCUUUCCCUGCCAGGUUCUUUCUAUAAGUGGGCACAAAGCCUACAGGGGGUGGGGCUGGGGACUUUUAAAAGAACGUCAAAGCCCCGCCACCAUUCACUCUGCCCUCCUCCACACAGCCCUCCCCAGCCUCCCGGCGCCGCUCCCCCGGCACGUGACGCUGGAAGUCGCCGACUCCUGCUCAGCCCCCGCCUCCCCCGCCUUGCUUGCGUCCCCUCGCGAGCCUCAAGAUGGCGUCGCUCAGGCGGCUCGGGCGCUGUUGAAUGGAGAAAGCUUUAUUGUUCCCCGAGCCGCCGCCACCAUCCCCAUCACCUCCUGAAGCCCGAGUGUUCGCGUGUCCUCCGAGCCGCUGUCAAUAAAGAACAGACAGUUUGAAUCGGCGGCGCCGAGCAGCUGGUGUUGAUCAUCAAAGAGGCAUUUUGGCAGGAAGGCUAAACAGUGCUCUUCUUGCCCCCAGCUGGAGCAAUGGAACUUCCCAACUAUAGUCGCCAGUUGCUGCAGCAGCUGUAUACACUCUGCAAGGAGAGACAGUUCUGUGACUGCACCAUUUCUAUUGGGACAGUUUAUUUCAGGGCCCAUAAACUGGUCUUGGCUGCUGCCAGCCUCCUCUUUAAAACAUUACUGGAUAAUACAGAUACAAUCUCUAUUGAUGCGUCUGUUGUGAGUCCAGAUGAGUUUGCUCUCCUGUUAGAAAUGAUGUACACUGGCAAACUCCCUGUGGGUAAACACAACUUCUCCAAGAUUAUCUCCUUAGCUGACAGCCUGCAGAUGUUUGAUGUGGCAGUUAGCUGUAAGAAUCUGCUCACCAGCCUUGUGGGCUGCUCUGGCCCAAGUCAAGUACUAAGAGAUGCUUCCCCUCAGGCAGUGGAGCCAUGCAAAAAUGACGCCGAUUCUGAUAGACGGCUGGUCGAGAAUCCUUCCCCAAAGAAUGUGAUUGUGUCUUCCCAUUCCACAGAGGUUCCACCUCCUCCUGUGGCUCUGAAGGCCGACACUGUGAUGGUGGUUAGUGCAAUGACACAAGAAGCUGAGGAGGUAAAUCCUGCCAUGGAGCAGCAGGAGCUUGAUACAACUUCUGCUGCUGCCCAGGAAGAGACUCUGGAGAUUGAAAUGAAGGGAGCAGUUUCACCAGGGGAGGCUUCCACCAUUUCCCAAAUACCUUCUCUUUCUCCUGGGAAAGAAGCAGUAAAUGAAGAGGUGGAGGAAGAGGAGGCGGUAACAGCAGCAUGUACAUCUCAGAAAGUGACAGAGACCACCACAGAGCCAGAGCAUGAGAGGAGAAUGUAUAAGCUGGAUUUUCUCCUGCAAAACGAAAAUAUCUUCUCUGAAGCGCUCUCUGUUGCCCAGGAUGUACUGAAAAGACUAGAUGAAUGUAGAAACAUUAAAAGUCCCCAUAAGGAGGCUAUCUUGGAGUGUCUUGAAGCUAAAGAAGGACUCUCAACAUUCAAAAGAAUCCUCAGUAAAGUAAGAAACAAUGAGUGCCUCGAUGUUGAGACUGUGGUGUCUUUGUUGGAGCUAUUCCAGGACACCCAUCCUGAAAUAAAAGCGGCACUGCAAAAGCAAGAUCCAGAAGAUGGAGAAAACAUGCAGCUAAAAAGGAGCACAGAGGAGGGAAAGACCUUGUCUGUCCUGUUACUGGAACACAAACAGGACCUGAUCCAGAGCAUAACCCAGAUGAGACCCAUUAGGGAAUUCCUAGAGACGGCCCCUGGGGAGCUCCUGACCAAUGUGGAAAAAGAGGUGAUUUUGAAUUGCUGUGAGGGCGGAACACCCAAGGAGACAAUAGAAAAUUUGUUGCACAGAGUGACUGAAGAGAAAACAUUGACUGCUGAGAGUUUGGUUAAACUCCUUCAGGCUGUGAAGAUCACAUUUCCCAACUUGGACCUUCUGCUGAAAGAUUUACAGAAACAAGCAAGUGUGUCAAGCACCACAGUCCAACCAAGCCCUGAUGAUUAUGGGACUGAACUCUUGAGACGGUACCAUGAAAACCUCUCUGAAAUUUUCACUGAUGAUGAGAUGAUACUAAAGGUAAUCUCAUCUGCAAGCAGUUUAACUUCUGGAGAAAGAGAGGCCCUGGAACAGCUUGUGAAAGGCGACGCUGGACGAGGCGGCUUUGGCUCCCUGAUUUCUGCGGUGCUGGAAGGACAGCCUUUAUUAGGGAGGGCCAUUUGGAAGGUACUGCUGGGGGCCCAGACAGCGGAGCCAUGUCCUUUGAACCUGCUCAUGGAGGAGAUGCACAAGGAGCCCGGUGCCGACUAUUUCUUCCAAGCAGUGGCCACCCCAGAAAAUGCUACUAUAGAAAUCAUCUUGAGACAUGGCAAGCUAAUCACUGAGGCCAUUCAGCCGAGAGCUGAGCUAAAGUGCCUCACUCCAGGAGAGGAGAAACUGGCGGAGGCUGUGAAGGAGAUUCUGAGUGCUUCCUGUGAGCCAGCCAGCCCUGAAGCCUCCCUGAAAGCAGCUCUCAGCAGAGCGCAGGAAAAGUCACUCCCCACCAUGGAGAUCUGCCGCCUUCUCUGCACCAUUCAUGAGGUCUUUCCAGGCCUGCAGGCGGUCCUGCAAGAGCUGGGGAGCCUGGGUCUCCUUAUUAAGGACAAGGAGCAGGGCUCUCCCCAGCGGUGGAAAGUGCUGGAGGGGAAGGGAGAAGCCUCCGGGGCUCCUGAUGAGCCUGUGGAAGGGAGCGAUAAGGAGAAGGGGGCAGCCCUGGCGGAGGAGCUGGAGAGCAGUGCCGCCCCCUCCCCUAAGAAGAGCUUCAUCUGCACAGCCUGUGACAAGAGCUUCCAUUUCUACUGCCGCCUCAAGGUGCACGUAAAACGCUGCCGUGCGGCCCAGGGGAAGCAGGUGCCCUGCAAAGAAUGUGGCGAGACAAAGGCCUCCAAGAAAGAGCUGGAGAAACACCUGCAGGAAGCUCAUGGUGGGGCGGGGGCGCCAGGCACCCCAAAGAAGAAGAAGAGGAGGCUCCCCGUGACCUGUGACAUCUGCGGGAGGGAGUUUGCUCACGCCUCUGGGAUGCAGUACCACAAGCUGACGGAACAUUUCGAUGAGAAGCCUUUUUCAUGUGAAGAAUGUGGGGCUAAGUUUGCAGCCAAUUCGACCCUGAAGAACCAUCUCCGGCUUCACACCGGGGACCGCCCUUUCAUGUGCAAGCACUGCCUCAUGACGUUCACACAGGCAUCCGCCCUGGCCUAUCACACCAAGAAGAAGCACGCUGAAGGGAAGAUGUACGCUUGUCAGUACUGCGAUGCUGUGUUUGCCCAGUCGAUUGAGCUGUCCCGGCACGUGCGCACUCACACUGGAGACAAGCCAUACGUUUGCCGCGAGUGCGGCAAAGGCUUCCGACAGGCCAAUGGCCUCUCCAUCCACCUGCGGACUUUUCACAAUAUAGAUGAUCCCUAUGACUGCAAGAAGUGUAGGAUGAGUUUUCCCACUCUGCAAGAUCAUCGAAAUCAUAUCCACGAAGUCCAUUCAAAGGAGUACCAUCCCUGCCCUACCUGUGGGAAAAUCUUCAGCGCCCCGUCCCUGCUGGAGCGACACAUGGUGACCCACGUCCGAGGGAAGCCUUUCAGCUGCGGCAUCUGUGACAAGGCCUAUCAGCAAUUGUCUGGCUUGUGGUAUCACAACCGGACCCACCACCCGGACGUGUUUGCUGCCCAGAACCACCGCUCCUCCAGGUUCUCCUCCCUGCAGUGCGGCUCCUGCGACAAGACCUUCGCCAGCAGCCGCCACAAGAAGCACGUCAAGGCGGAGCACGCAGACGUCACGUUCCACGAGUGCGAGACCUGCCAGGAGCUCUUCCCCACCCUGGCUUUGCUCCAGGUUCACGCCAAGUGCCGGCAUUCAGGUUCCCAGCCCUUCCGGUGUCUCUACUGCGCGGCCUCCUUCCGCUUCCCCGGAGCCCUGCAGCACCACGUGGCCACGGAGCACUUCCGGCAGACGGAGAGCACGUUCCCCUGCGAGGCGUGUGGCGAGCUCUUCAUCUCCCAGGCCCAGCUCGAGGCGCACUUUGAGGCCGACCACGCGAAGGUGGUGGUCACGGAGGCCCAGGUGGCCGCAGCCACCACCCAAAUGGUGCAGGUGAUCCAGGCCCCGGAGCCGGGGGCGGCCACCGAGCAGGUGAUCACUUUGGAGGAGAACCCUCUGGCUGGAUCCCAGGUGUUUGUGACGUUGCCAGACGCCCAGGCUCCCCAGGCCAGCUCAGAGCUGGUGGCGGUGACAGUGGAGGACCUGUUGGAUGGAACCGUGACCCUCAUCUGUGGAGAGGCAAAGUAAAAGCCACUCGGGGGGCCUCAGAGAGGCGCGGGGCGUGAGCCGGAGAGCCGCGUGGUGACUGAGCCUUCAGCGCAGGCCGCGCUGGCCAGGAGCUUUGCCCUCGGUGUCCAGGACGGCGACCCUGACCCUGGCCUCCCCCAGAGGCAGCCUGACCCCUCACACAGUGCGGCCGCUCCGGUGUUCGUGUUACAUUCCGCCUAACAUCGAGCACUGCCUCCGCAAGCCUGAUGGGCGCCGGAGAAAGGAGGCUGGGGACCAGGGCCUCAUCCGAUUACAGGCAGCACCCAUGGCAGAAUGGACGCGGCCAGCAGAGGAGGGUCCGACAAAUCAUUUUUAGUCUUUGUGUCAAACUCCCUAGCAGGGCAUCAGCAGCUCCAGCUCAGGCGCAUUCCUCCCGGCCUUGCCCACGCCACCAGUCCCAGGCUCUGUUGUUCGUUUCCUGUUCCUGUCCUGGUGAGUGGCCAUCAGGAGGCCCCCCAGCAGCCCCCACCUUCUCAUUACGCUGAUGUCCAAGGGCCAGGCCCUCAGCACUUUUCCCUACUCUGUGCCCAGGGUGAUGACCCAAGCUGACCUUUUGUUUUAAUUGGGUCAUCCAUACAGACUCUCUCCCCACCAGGUCUAGCUUGCACGGCACAGUAAUCUCUCUCCCAGAACAAAGAGUCUGGAGUCUUCUCUGGAGAACCCCAAAUGUGAGACGAGCCAGCUGCCAGGGCAGCCCCAGCCGGCUCUGCCCUGCCCCUGUGGGACGUGCCUCGGGAGGUGCCCCGGGGCACAGCCAGCGACCCGAGCUGUCCCUUCCCUUUGUGCCAGCUUCCCCUCUCCUUGAGGAAAGCCUGAAGCUGCUGUUGGAGGAGCACAGCAAUUGCCCCAGAGUCGGGCACCUUCAUUGUAGCAUCUGAGAGAAUUAUGGUUGUGGGGUUGGCGGGAGCACAGUCCCUUCUGCCCCGGUGCAGCCACGGCUGCCCACAGGCCCCGGCUCCUUGCGAAAGGCUCUCAGAGGCCUUGGGGCUCAGGCUGCCGCGGAGCCCACUUGGUAUGCCUCUCUUGUUGCUGGGCCACGGCCCCUCAACGACUACAUUUCCCAAAGCCUUUUAUCUGCCGUUUCCUAAAAUAUAAUCUGAUAAUUAAUGGUU